UCACCAGACUUGUCUUGGCAGUAUCAGAACAGGCAUAACUUCUUCUAAAUAGUCUUGCUGUCCACUGUGAGUAUUUAUCUUCUGGUUGAAUAUUCACAGGACUGUCACAUUAGUCUUGUGGUCUGUCUGGAGCUUACCUGAGCAUGUAGGCCAGACUGUGCAGUGAGUUAUGGAUAAAAGCAGACUGUGGUUUCUGUCUGUCUGUCUGCAGAUCUGUCCAGUUCAUUUGUUCUUUCAUUUUACAUGGGCUUUUCUGGGUGGUUGUACCAUUAUCUUAGGUUGAUUUUUUUGCUGUCUGCAGGCUUCCGUUGGCAAACAGAGAGUAUAUCAAAACAGCAGGACUGCGGUCAACAAUUGCGUGGGCCAUGGCAUCUCUGGCUGAAAUCAGUGCGGGGGCCUUUGUGCUGGAUCCCAUGUGUGGGCUAGGAACGAUACUGCUGGAAGCUGCCAAAGAGUGGCCCGAAGCCUGUUACUGGGGUGCUGAUAUAAGUGAUUCACAGCUGGAGGGUGCAGCUGUGAAUAUUAGGACUGCAGGCUUGAUGGAUAAGAUUGAGUUACUUAGAGCUUCUGUGAAAGGUGUGUCUGUAGGCUUUCCAAGUGAGACGUUUGAAGUUUCUUGUGGUUCUGGGAUUAUACCGGUAGUAUAG